UUGUUUUCUUGGCGAGAUUUCUGUGGUGACACACGUCCUAUGGUGCGUACCUGCGUGAUCGAGUGCAUCAACAACAUCCUGCUUGCCCAUGGCUGGGGCACUACAUUCGGCCACUCCUUUUGCAUUGGUGGAGCCUCAUUCUACCUGUCCCAAAAAGUCGACCCCAAAAUAGUACGUCUGGCAGGGCACUGGCGCUCACUAGUGUACAAAGCCUACAUCAGGGCAUUCGAGCAGGUCGCAUCUUACCAUCUCGCCGGUCUUGCUGAUCGGGUGCAUUGA